AUGGCCAGCUUCCCGUGGCAGCAUUUCAUUAAUCAGGUGCUGGCCACUCAAGGGAACAGCAACAACGCGGGUGCAAGGGUUGAAGAAUAUUUGGCCAAGCCUUAUAAGUCAAGCAACCUCUCAUGCUUUUCACAGCAAAUAGCCGAUUAUGAUUUUCAAACAAAGAUUAAGAUGCCAUCCCACAUCAAGACAUAUGAUGGGACUGAAGAUCCCGAAGACCAUCUUCAGAUCUUUACUGGCGCUGCAAGAAUUGAGAAAUGGUCGAAUGCUGAAUGUUGUUUAAUGUUCAUGCAAACCCUUUUCGGGUCAGCCAGAAUUUGGUUCAAUGAUUUACCUGCUCGAAGCGUUCGAAGAUUCGAUGACCUCAGCAAGGGGUUCCUGGCCAAUUUCUCCCAACAGAGGCGAUAUGUUAAAGAUGCUACAGUAAUCUUUCAAAUCAAACAGAGAGAUGAUGAAAGCCUUCGAGAGUUCAUAGAAAGAUACAAGAAGGAAGGUCUAACUUAUAUGGGGGCAGACGAAAAAAUGAGGGUGGCCGGUUUUAUGAACGCCAUUACAUCCAAAUAUCUGACAAGAGAUUUCAAUAAAUCCCUGCCCAAGACCUUGGAAGAAGCUCUCGAAAGGGCUGAAGCCCACAUCCAGGGAGAGGAGGCAGUAGACAUUAAAGAACAAAGGAAAAGAGGAUCCAGCUGGCAAGGUAACAACCCAGCUAGAAAAAAAGGGGAAACUUUAACUCCUAUGACAGACGCCAAAAGGGUUCAGACCAUCGAAGGUCUGAAGGCCGGAACCAUUCCAGCAGGGAGAAAGGCAUAA